CGCAACACGGGACAGAACUGGAAGAACACGGCACGCUCAAACAGGAUGGUUGUCAAGGACAUCGAUCUGUUAGCCAAUAGGACACAGUGGGACUCUGAUGUUGCCGCGCUGGGUCGAUUUGAAGAUUUCCAGACAACUGAUUGGCUACACGACAAUCUGCUAUACCACAAGAGAAGGUCUAAAACAUCACCAUCAUCAACAGUGACAUCUUCCAUUCCAGACUCGUCGAGGAUAUGGUCAAUCUAUGAGUCAAUACAGACGUAUGUGAUAUUGACGAUAGUUGGUAUAUGUAUCGGCACCACUGCCGCGGUGCUCAACGUCAUGACUGAGUACUUGUCCAACAUUAGAACCGGCUACUGUACGACGGCUCUUUACCUCAACAGGAAUUUUUGUACUUGGGGCGAGCUAGACGAACACCAGGCUACAACAUGGGUUGAGUAUUCGAGGUUUGGGGUGCUAAACUAUGCCAUGUUCAUAACAAUCUCGCUAGUACUGGCGCUGACAUCAAGCAAACUGGUAAUGCACUACGCUCCUCUGGCGGCAGGGUCUGGAAUCUCUGAGAUCAAAUGUAUAGCAUCAGGGUUCACGCUGAAGAAGUUUCUCAGCUUUGCGACAUACUCGCUGAAGAGUAUCGGAUUGCCUUUGGCGAUAGCUUCAGGUUUAAGCGUUGGUAAAGAGGGCCCAAGUGUUCACUAUGCGGUUUGCAUAGGAAGUGUCAUAUCAAAACUGUUUGCAAGGAAAGUUUUGAAGACACACCAGAAGAACGUCUGGUUUAGAAACAUCUUGGUUGCAGCCAGUGGUGCUGGUGUGGCCGUGGCCUUUGGAUCACCAAUGGGCGGUGUGUUGUUCAGUGUUGAAGAGAUCUCAAAUAUGUUCAAGCUUUCAACAAUGUGGGAGAGUUAUUACUGCUCUCUGAUUGCAGUGGCAACGUUGCAAUUCUUUGAUCCAUUCCGUACAGGACAGGUUGUGUUGUUUGAGGUCAUAUUUGAUCAGGAUUGGCACUUCUUUGAAAUACCAAUCUACAUCAUCCUGGGGAUAUUUGGAGGGAUCUACGGUAUUGUUGUUGCAAAGUUCAAUAUCAAGGCCGUGAGCUUUAGAAAGAAGUAUCUGGGGCAAAGAUAUCUGAAGGAGGUUGCAGUUCUGGCCAUUAUAACCGCAUCAAUCAGUUAUUUCAACGAUUUCCUAAGAAUGGAUAUGACAGAAUCGAUGCAAUUUCUGUUUCAAGAAUGCGACGAACAUCCUCACCAUAACAUUUGCAACUUAGAAUCCAAACCGGAAGCUGCAAAGGCCAUUUUCAGUCUCCUCUGGGCCACUGUACUGAGAAUGAUCUUCACCGUGUUCACCUAUGGCUGUAAAGUCCCUGCAGGAAUCUUUGUGCCUUCAAUGGCUACUGGUGCGACGUUUGGUAGAGCAUUGGGUAUAAUAUUCCAAUUAUGGAGACAGAAUAACCCAGAGUCUAGUUAUUUUACUUCGGGAUGCUUGGUGGAUAACAAGCAGUGUAUCACACCUGGUGUAUAUGCCUUCUUAGGUGGAGGUGCCUGUCUUAGUGGAAUAACCCACUUGACGGUGUGUGUUGUGGUUAUCAUGUUCGAGCUGACCGGCGCUCUUAAGUACAUCAUUCCUACAAUGAUCACUGUUGCUACUACGAAGAUUAUAAACGAUAAAUGGGGCAAAGGUGGUAUUGCAGACCAAAUGAUUGUGUUUAACGGCUUGCCCUUCAUCGACCCUCAUGAGGAGCAUAACUUUUUUGGCCAUCCUGUUAGUGAUGCCAUGACAAUAAAGGUUGUGUCGUUGCCACUACAAGGUGUGACUUAUGGGCAGCUGAUGGCUAUCCUAAAAGAAACAGACUUCCAACAUUUUCCAAUCAUUCAAAGUGCAUCGAAGCCAUUGAUAAAAGGAUAUAUCAGAAGGGAAGAUCUCAUAAACGUCAUUGAAAGGUUUGCUGGUGAUCCACUCACCGACACUCCAUGUAUCUUUGACAAUGACAGCUUAAGUGAAGACGACAUACUCAACUUCACAGAAGCUGUUAAUACAGCACCAUUGACAGUUAACGUUUACGUCCCAACAGAGCAUGUCUUGGAUAUCUUCCACAAGUUGGGACCGGGAUGCUUACUUGUGGAGUCUGAUGGACUAUUACAAGGCUUGAUAACAAGAAAGGAUGUGUUGAAAUACGAAUAUGUAUUACACCACAUUGAUCAUGACGAGUCUAUUCGGAUAAGAGAACAGACGUUCAAAUACCAGGAACAAGCUUGGGAAUUCAUUUCAAGGAUUGAGAAUUCACUAAUGGACAAAGUCUACAUGGUACGGAACAGAUUGUUUAAAAGGAGAUAUAGUAGAAUUUGACCAUAGAUAAAAAGGACACAUCGCUUUGUUGACAUUAUGUACAUAUAUAUAUAUAUAAAACCAAGGUAUUAGUCAGCUUGCCAUUUACCCACCUUUU